AAAGGGCUUCAAAUUAAUCUCCAAAAUUCUCUCUCUGCAAUUACACCUCUUUCCUUCUCCAUUAAAUGCCAUUGCACCCUCUCAAUACGCUCUGCAAUAACUCCUUUCUUGCCUCUUCUUCCUCCAUCUCCUCCUCUGCUUCUUCUUCUUCUGAAACUCAUCUUCUUCCUUCAAGAACCCUAAUUUUUUCACUUCAAGAUAGCUCCUUUUUCCACACCCACCAAGUUAUAUCACUCCUACAACACAAAACUUGGAGGAUAAUCAUCAAAAGGUAAAAACCCAGAUCAGAUCUGAAGUAAAGCCUUCAAAUUGAUAGGAGAGAGAGAAGGAGGCAUAUACAUAGAAAAAAAAAGGAAGCAUUUUAGGAUAUUGUCCGAGAUCUUUGUGGGCGUUUAUGUACAUCUCAUAUGGUUCUGUCGGAUUCUUUGUUCUGUGUUUAAUCUCCAACAUGCCAGCCGGGAUUACUACACCGGCCACAAACAUGUCCUCCAUCUUUGGAAGCAAUGGGAAUAACGUUGCUGGAUUUUACUCAUCUUAUGAACUUGUUCUUCCUCAGAUUCAAAACCCAUAAGCUGUCUUGGAAGAAUCUUAAAGAUCUGUAGAAGAUGUUCCAGCCAAGUAUUUUUGACGACGGUAAGCUCCUCCCCUUAGACAUGCCUCAAAACACUUCCGAUAGCGAUUUUGCUCGAAUCCGAGACGAUGAUUUCGAUAGCGCUACUAAAUCUGGUAGCGACAACAAUCAUGAACUUGCCUCGGGUGAUGAUCAAGACCCUCGUCCUAAAAAGAAGCGUUAUCAUCGUCAUACUCAACAUCAGAUUCAAGAAAUGGAAGCUUUCUUCAAGGAGUGUCCUCACCCUGAUGACAAACAAAGGAAGGAAUUAAGCAGGGAAUUAGGGUUGGAGCCUUUGCAAGUCAAGUUUUGGUUCCAAAACAAACGUACUCAAAUGAAGAAUCAACAUGAACGCCAUGAGAACACCCAGCUUCGAACCGAAAAUGAGAAGCUUCGAGCUGAUAACAUGAGAUAUAGAGAAGCUCUUAGCAAUGCCUCGUGCCCUAAUUGCGGUGGCCCGACUGCCAUUGGUGAAAUGUCCUUCGAUGAACAUCAUCUUCGACUCGAAAAUGCCCGUCUCCGCGAAGAGAUUGAUCGCAUAUCCGCAAUAGCUGCAAAAUAUGUGGGAAAGCCAGUGGUGAACUACCCUCUACUAUCUCCACCAGUUCCAUCUCGACCAUUAGAGCUCGGAAUGGGCAACUUCGGACCACAAUCAGGUUUAGGAGGAGACAUCUACGGUUCGGCUGGUGACCUAAUCCGAUCCAUCAGUGCUCCAACCGAGGCGGACAAGCCGAUGAUCAUCGAGCUAGCAGUUGCAGCCAUGGAAGAGCUCACUAGAAUGGCUCAACUAGGCGAGCCCUUAUGGAUGACUAGUCUAGAUGGGUCCACUAAUGUGCUUAAUGAAGAUGAGUACUUGAGAACGUUUCCAAGAGGCAUUGGGCCUAAGCCAUCUGGGUUUAAAUGUGAAGCCUCACGUGAAUCAGCUGUUGUUAUCAUGAACCAUAUUAAUCUUGUUGAGAUUCUCAUGGACGUGAAUCAAUGGUCAACUUUAUUCUCUGGAAUUGUGUCAAGAGCCAUGACACUUGAAGUGUUGUCAACUGGAGUAGCUGGAAAUUACAAUGGAGCUUUACAAGUGAUGACAUCGGAAUUUCAAGUUCUGUCGCCAUUAGUUCCAACUCGGGAGAGCUACUACGUUCGAUAUUGCAAACAACACGUGGACGGGACGUGGGCGGUGGUCGAUGUUUCAUUGGACGAUCUUCGCCCUACUCCUGGAUUAAGGUGCCGACGAAGACCGUCCGGUUGUUUGAUCCAAGAAAUGCCUAAUGGUUAUUCAAAGGUUACAUGGGUUGAGCACGUUGAGGUUGAUGAUAGAGGAGUUCAUAGUCUUUAUAAGCAGCUGGUGAGCUCCGGCCAAGCUUUUGGAGCCAAGCGAUGGGUUACAACCUUAGACCGCCAAUGUGAACGGCUUGCCAGUGCCAUGGCCACCAACAUACCCACCGGUGAUGUUGGAGUGAUAACGAAUCAAGAAGGGAGGAAGAGCAUGCUGAAGCUGGCUGAGAGAAUGGUGAUAAGCUUCUGUGCUGGUGUGAGCGCCUCCACGACUCACACAUGGACUACUUUGUCGGGUACCGGUGCCGACGAUGUUCGAGUCAUGACCCGAAAGAGUAUCGAUGACCCCGGAAGACCUCCGGGUAUUGUCCUUAGUGCUGCAACUUCCUUCUGGCUUCCCAUUCCACCUAAGAGAAUCUUUGAUUUUCUCCGUGACGAGAACUCUCGAAGUGAGUGGGAUAUUCUGUCGAAUGGUGGAGUAGUUCAAGAAAUGGCGCACAUUGCCAACGGUCGCGACACGGGCAACUGCGUUUCUCUUCUACGUGUAAAUAGUGCAAAUUCAAGCCAAAGCAACAUGCUGAUCCUGCAAGAAAGCUGCACAGACCCAACAGCUUCAUUCGUCAUCUACGCUCCGGUCGACAUCGUUGCAAUGAACGUCGUCCUCAACGGUGGCGAUCCCGACUAUGUCGCGCUUCUCCCCUCCGGGUUCGCCAUUCUUCCAGACGGCACGGCAGAGACUGCCGCCGGUGGUUCACUCCUGACGGUGGCAUUUCAGAUUCUGGUGGAUUCGGUGCCAACAGCAAAACUGUCACUUGGGUCAGUUGCAACGGUGAACAAUCUGAUUGCUUGUACGGCGGAGAGGAUUAAAGCUUCUUUGUCAUGUGAGACAGCAUAAGAGACAGGAAAAAGGGGGAAACUUUUGUGGGUUUUAGGGGUUAAUGAGGGAAUUUUUGGCUGAUACGAAGUAUUUGGGAGAAGUCAAGAACGCACCCUGCAACAAAAAAACAAUGGAGAGAGUGUUUUAGGGGUUCGGGCAUUGACUUCCUCGAACGGAGUAAAGGCUGAAACGACAAGAAACAAGAACCAAAUCAUCUAAUUUUUCCUAGGAAGGAAGGGACUUGUUGUGAUGACAACAUUUGUAUCUUAGGUUUUUGUUUUGUUUGGUUAUUUUGUGGGAUGGAUGAGUGUUGUUAUGGAUUCAUUGUUGUGUUUCCCUCUGUGAUUUUAUGAUGCCAUGUUUUUUUGAAGCCUA